CCUGAGGGUCCUCGUCUGAGUGUUCAGACACCUCAGGGACGGCCUUGCGCCUCGACGCAUCGUCUCUCUUCUGGUCUUCUGCAAAGGGGAGAACCAAGUUUUUCGCGGGCCCUCCAGGUGCCCUCUCUGCCGGACGAUGUGACCACUUGCGAGGAGAGAAAAAGUAUAUUUCAAGCGUUAAAAUGAACCUGCUCUGCACGCAGCUGCCAACUUGCAUAGCUCGGUGCCUAUCAGAAGGAAGGGGCGGCGACGCUCUCGCUUUCUCCGGCUUCUCUCUACCUGCCAGCUCUCUGGCGACGCAGCAGUGUGUGCGUCGUGUCUUCUCGAAAUCCUCUUAUAAAGACGGGUCUCCUAGAGAAAAGAAAGUCUCGAAAAUAAGAGGAUUUCUUCCUCAGAAGAGAAACAAGUUCUUUUCCCUCCACGCCUCCGCCUCAGCAGGAAUCUGGACGCAGUUCCCUUCUUCUCCAUAACGGCCUGGUUCGGUGCGCCACGAAGCUGCUCCUCAUUCUGCUCCCCGUCCGUCUCACGCAGCGCCCUCUUCUCUUCAACAUUCCGUGUAUCCUCCAUCUCUCUGCUUUUUCUCGUCGCCACCCGCGUACUCUCCUACUUCCGAGUGUGUAGGAGCCUGACCGCCCCCGUCCACGCGUCGAUCGAUUCCGCCUCUUCAUCGCUGUCGACUUCUCUCUCCUCUGGACAGCCCUCCUUCGACAGCCUGUCUCUCAGCUCUUUGCAGCCCCUAUUCUCAUCUAACGGUCAUCCUUUCUGUCUCUCCUCUCUGUCUCUCCUUCCCUCCUUCCUUCCCUUUUCUCUGUUGCCAUUCUCACCCUCCUUUCCGCUGGCUUCAACUGGCCUUUCUGUCUCUCUGUUUCGCGAUGCCUCUCCUGCCUCAGCGUAACGGACCCCACCUGGGGGCGCUUGCCACAGAGUCUGGGUCCUUGGGGUCUCAGCCUGCGGAGAAGAAAGGGCAUGCUUCGGCAGACACGCGGACAAGUUUCAGCAGGCCUCAGGCCGCCUCUCUCGCCGACUUACCUCCAGCAGGCAGAAGAGUUGGAAGCCGGGAGCAUUUCUCUCUCUCCUUGUCUCACAGUGGCGGGGAAGCUCCGAUCCGUCGCAGCGCGAAAGCCAACAGGCCUCCAACGCCUCCCGUCCAGUCUGCUCUCGCGCGCGAGGCUCGACCGCUCCUGCCGAGCGAGGACAAAAAGGGACGAGAUGUCUCCCCGUCUCCGUCUUCCUCUUCUCUCGCCUCUUCUUCCUCUCCUUCGCUCCUCGUGGCUGCCGCUGUCUUCUCUCAUCCGGUGCAUGCAGCGUUUGCCUCCCAGCUCCGUGCGCCGUCGCCUCGCCAGGCCUCCACGCGGCUCUCGUCUUCUCUCGGACAGGUCUCGCCGGCCGCCUCUCUCUCUGUCUCGGUCUCUGGAGGCGACGCGUAUGCGCAGGACAUGAGUGCCUGUCGAAGGAGCUCUGUUCGCUCCGAAACGUUCAGAGUGUCUGCGCGGGAGGCCCCGCCUCCGCCGCCCCACACGCAGGGCCCCACGCGGCGGGCAAGUGUCUCCUCGCCCUCCCGCCGAAGAAGCGGGACGCCUUCGUAUCUGAACCCCACUGUCGCUUCGCGGCAGCGAUCUCUGCAGCGCAGCGAGGAGCGAAGGGGAGAGCGUUUUUCUCGGAACCGGUCUCCGUCGUUGACUCGCGAGGGGCCCUCUCGUUCUUCUCAGAUUCCGCUCUCCUCGCGGCCUACCUUUCCCCCAUCCUCUCUCACUUCUUCUCUUCGUCUCCACAGCGUGUCUGCGACUCCAGGCGCGCUGCCGCCUCUGCCGCCUGCGCGCUUUCGAGGAUGUCGAGCGCUCGAAGAGACCGAGCAGAGGCGGGUGACGGGCGCGCUGCAGCUGCAAACUGUCUCGUGCAUGCGUUCGUCGUCUUCAGACAGGGAAUUGACACUGGGGACCGACCGCGGCGAAGUUUCACGUAGCCUCGGGGGCCCUGCGGUGCGACUCGCGCCCCGAAGAGCACUCGGCGAGAGAGAGGAGACAGCGGAGUGCGAAGAGAGGAACGCGGAGGGCAGAGGCGAAUCGAGGAGCAGGUCGGAGCAAAGGGCAGAGGGCGAAAACACUAAAGACGGGAGGAGGCGAGCGAUACGAGAAGCGGGAGAAGAGGGGGAAGCGAGAAGCACGAGAAGAAGUGCAGAGCUCGGAGGCGGUAGAGAAGGACGAGCGAACGCAGAAACGGGAGAGAGAAGGCAGGUGCAGCCUAGCGUCACUCGAGACUCACAUACAGCGAAGCCGAGGAUGUCGUCUUCUUCAGCCCCCUCGCGAGGCGAAGACGAACGCUGUCACUUCGAGACGCCCUGGGCGCUGGGGCCUUCGUCCACGCCGCGCCGCCGCUCUUCAGCUUCUUCCUCCUUUUCAUUGUACACUUCAUGUUCUUCUCUUCGCGCGACAGAGAGAGAAUCCGGAGAGGGGGAAAGCCGAUCGAACCGUGGUCUGCGGUCCUCUGCUUCCCCCCAAAGCGUUCCGAGAGACUCCGAAUCCAGGCGGCAGAGUCAGUGCCUCAACACACACACACAGUGUGUCUCGGCUCCAGUCUCGCGAGAAGAGAAACAGUUCCUUUCUGCGGCUGCUCGCGUCUCGGCCUCCAGCCGCCCACGCGCAGACCCGCCCGAGGCGAGGGCGGGGCCUUUGCUGGAGGAUCCGUGUGCUCGUUCCUUCUCCUCUUUCGGCGGAACUCGUUCGCCUUCUGACUUGCAGAGACGGAGUUGUGCGGAGUUUCUACUGGAGGCGAGCGCGACGGACGCAACUGCGAACUCGAAAAAGAAGGAAGAAGCAGCCGAAGAAGAUCUUUCCUCGAGUUCUUGGUUGGAGCGCGACCCUCUGUUUCGGGCACUGUCGGAGCGGGCCGCGUCGACGGUCCGCGAGUUGCCUGUCGACCAACUUCUUGCGGACGAGGCCGCGAGCUUUGGAGCCCAAAACCCCACAGUGUCGCCUCGCGGUGGGAGGUCGGAGACAGGUGUGGCCGCGACCGGAGGAGACAGUCCCCUGUUUCUAUCGCAGCAGCUCUCAGAUGGGGAGGCUCCAAUGCUCACAAGGACCCAGAGACCUGACGAAGAAAAGCGCGCGAGGGAAGCAGAUGAGCUCGAGAAAGAGGUCAACCGUCACGAAGAAGAGACCGGCGCGCGAGGGAGUGUGGGGGGACAGAGACUGCCCCAGCGUGGAGACAACGGAGGCAGCGCCUGGAGCGAGAGCAACCAGACUUCCCUCUGCCCUGACGUUUCCCGCAGAUGUUUCUUCUCUCUCUUUUCUCGCCAGGUCGACUCCGCAGAAAGCGCAGAAAGCGAGAGACGCGGUAACGUUUCAUGUGGCGACGCGCAUGUUGAAGCAGAUGCUGAGGAGUCGGACGAGACCGAAGCGAAAACGAGGAGAGCGGGGGGUGAAGAAGAGAGAGACCAGGAGGACGAGAGGGGAGAGAGAAAAACGCAGGUACUCAGUCGAUACCCGGUAUCUUCCUCGCAAGCGAGACGGGAGCCAAGUCGCCUCCACUCUUCGGCUGUCUCCAGGGCCUCUGUGCCGUCUUCGUCUUCUUCUCGCGUAUCAAAGGAGAACGCAGAAAGCAGCCUGUCUCAUGCUUGGCCUUCCUCGCUUCCACCUCCGCCCAAGCGAGGACUCAAGCCCGAGGGCCUUUCCUCUUCCACGGACCGUCGCGCGUCUCCUUCUCUGAUUCCGAAGGCGCGGCCUCUCGGUCUCGCUCGUCCUGCAACUGCGCGAGAGCGAGCAGGUCAGGCCAGGGUCGCGUCCACGCUCUCGUCUUCCUCUUCUCUUUCUUCUGCCUCUGCGUCUCUUUGUUCCUCUUCUUCCGGCUUGCUGAGAGUCGCGGGAGGUGUACAGGGACGGAGAGAUCACGCUGCAGAUGGGGCAGGCGGGGAGAAGGGAGACCCUUUGUUUGCGUCGGUCGUAGCGGGCGAGGCUGAGGAGGAAGCGUCUCUCGCAGGCAGACAUGCAGAGACCCCUCAGAGAGAAGGAGAGAGGGAGGGAAGCGAAGACAUGGCGGAGGGAGGCAUCAGCGAGUCUCCUGCUUCCGCAAGUGCUGCGUCGAAGAGAGGAGGUGGACUUUGUGACUUGUCUUCGUGGCUUGUCUCGUCGUUCUCCUUUUCUUCGCGUCGUCCUCCUCAGUCGCAAACGGGAGCGAGGCUUGCGUCUGGAACGAAGACGGUGUCUGCCUCUCUCGCCGCAGACUCGGUCGCAGACGAGAGAAACCAAGGAGCUGGCGAGAGAGGCCGAGCCGUCGGUCCUCGACUCUGGAGGGAAAUCCUUCGCAGGGCGCUCACGCUCCUUCUUCUCCUCGGUCGGGUGCUCACCUCCUCGUACGACUCUCUCGCGGCUCAUGGAGGCGUCCGCGGCGUUAUCGCUUCUCUCGAAGAAGCAAAGGAAGAGAAAGAAGAAGUGAGAGAAGACGGGAGAGAAAACGAUGGCAGCCGAAGGGGAAGCCGAGCGAGAGGAGACAGCACACAACAGAGCACGAUCACUCGUAGCCAAGGAAGCGUGGAGAGGCCGUUCACGGAGACAGCGAGGGGACGCGAAAGUCGAGGGGAUGGAAGAAAAGAGUUGGCUGGAAAGGGCAACCGACUGCUUGUGCAAACUGGACAGAGAGAAGCCGCGCGACCUCGAUCAGCAGAUGCUCAAGGUGUGUCUGUGGACAGCCGAGUGAGCGACAGUUCGGGUGCGUCGCCGAUGGGGAGACUCUCAGAGGCGGCUGCUCGACUAUCCAUGGAGAAAGGACGUUUCGCAUGUCAUCUUGUCUCUCGUAUGGUUUGCGAAGCCGAGAGCCAGGUUUUCUCUGGGGGUGUUCUCUCUCUCCUUUUUGGGAGACGCCGAGAGGGAGAAGGUGAGAGGGAAUCCGCAGCGAAAGGCGGAGCACGCGCCGAGCAUGCAGCGGGGACGGCGGAAGUCAGGAAAGACUCGUGGAUUCCAACGCGAGAAAAGGACCCGGGGAGUCUGGAGGAGAAAGCGAAAAGUGACGGACAAGCUGCGGCAACUGAAAGGUCUUUUUCCCUCACUUCUCCACUGUUCUUCAUCGCUCUCCUCUCCUUUCUCGGAUUAUUCUUCUUCUUAACUCUUGAGUCUCACGAAGACGACCUCGUAGACAUCGACUUUAUGUAAAGAAAACCGAAUCAAAGGAGGAGAACGAGACUGGAGGGAUGCUCUGGGCGAGGAGAAGUGGGAAAAUGGUGAAGGCGAAGAGCAGGCUGUCUUCUUUAUCUCUCGAGCUCCUGCUGUGACGUCUGAGCGGGUGUCUCCCCGAGAGUCGCCCCGCGCGGGAGUCUCUGCUGUGUGCCUGUGGAGAGGCCUGCCUUCAGUCGUGUACGCGCGUAAACCGUCUUUCGAAGUAUUCCCAGUUUCACCUGUCUGGAGACGCUCCUGGGGAGAAAGGUCAAAGUCCUUCCUUUUCCUCUGCGCCUCCGCAGUGAAGCAGAGAGAGAGAACAAGGAAGAGCACCAGCAGGGUGGAGAGGUCGAGAAGGGAAGCGAACUUUAGGACCUCGAGAAACCAAGAAAGAACAUGAGAGUUUGCGCGCUCUCGAUCUACCGAUUUGUCUUUUUCUUGUCUCUUUGAGAGGGAAGAUGAAUCUCCAUCUUCAGCCUCUGAGAAGCCGUCACAAAACUAGACACGAGGCUUGUGCAAGGACCCCGGGCAAACGUCCGUGGCUUCUUCUUUCAGAGAAGAAAGACGAAAAGAACAGCCUCACCACAGAGUCCUUCACAGACUCUCCUGCGUAGAAACGCACUCCAGCCUGUGCGCUGCACAUGCGUCGGCGAGUAUCC